AUGAGCGAAUGGGAUUCUGUCACACGCAUCGGAACCAAGCACCGUGCUGGUGCCGCUCCCCGAGAGACAGUAGUCAAGGGAAAGAGUGCUCUGAACGCUGCUCAGCGCCAAGGUCUCAUCAUUGGUACUGAGAAGAAGUUCGCAACUGGCAAUGCUGCCGGAAAGACAGCUGCCAUGGAAGGUCAGCACCUGACAAAGGUCGACCGAAGCGACGAUAUCGUCAAGCCCAAGACUGUCGGUCUUCAGGUCGCAGACGCCAUCAAGAAGCGCCGAAACGAUGAGGGCUACAAGAUGACACAGAAGGAACUCGCCACCAAGUGCAACACCACCAUCACAGUCAUCCAGGACUUCGAGAGGGGUACGGCCGCGCCCGACCAGAAGGUGCUUAGCGCUAUGGAGCGUGUGCUGAACGUCAAGCUCAGAGGUUCUGAUAUCGGGAAGGAGAAGUUCCCUAAGAAGAAGUAA